AUGCGCUCCUCUUUCUUGGAGACGAGCAUUAUCGAUCUGCUAGAGGCCGACCCGAGACCUUCGUUCAUUGUCGCCCUCAUCCCUCACCCGCCCACUGUCGUCUACACGAACCCGGCCUUUGGGGAACACCCGUGCCUCCUUGAGCUUGUAACAGCCGCAAAGGAAGACAAUGCCCCUCUAUGGGAAUGGAUCUCGGGCGGCUCGACGGCAACGACCGCCGGGCCGUCACUUUCUUACUCCGACACGUACUGGACGAGAGCAGUAGUAAAUGAAGAGAUGGUGGUAGUGGGCGCAAACGAGCAGGCGAAACCACCCUCCAAGCCCGUACCGCCCACAAUACGAGUCGAGUCGACGACCCCUGGCCCUGGGCCAGACAAAAGCAUUGCGGAACCGACGCUUCGGCGCACGAGGCCGCCUGUUGAAUUUGCGGAGACGGAUACUGUUAUUGAGAUAGCAUCGGAAAGACCCCCCUCCGCACCGGUCUCACCGGCUCGACCGGUACAUGCGCUGGAUAACCGGACUAAAUCUACAUCUGCCGUGGUUCAGACUACUACAAAAGACCGGCUGGCUUUGCGCGCUGAAACCGUUCAGUCUUUGUCUCUGGAACGGUCCGCCUCAGACCCAGGAUGGAUUCUGCCCGAUAUCGACCCAGAUGUAAUCGACAGUGUGAACUGGGCCGCAACCCCACUUGGGCCUCAGAAGAGCUGGUCUUCGAGACUGGAGCAGACCUUCAACCAAAUCCUCGUCGACAGUCGGCCAAUAGCACUGUAUUGGGGUGCGGAGUACACCAUGAUUUAUAACGAAGCCUAUAGCAAACUGUGCGGUUCUCGGCACCCGGAAAUGCUGGGAAUGUCUGUGGAUGACGCUUGGCACGAGGCAGGAAAGAUGCUCAAGGAUACGAUGCGGAGCUUUAGCCUUAAGCAAAAGGGCGUUGUGGAGGACGAGUGGAGGUUCUUUAUUGAGCGCGAGGCCGAGGUGGAGGGCGGUCCGAACUGGCAGGAGGAGACGUAUCUCAAGUGGUCGCUUAUACCCGUUGUUGAAAACAAUGAGUAUUUGGGAUUCAUGCAUGCCGUGGCCGAGACGACGAGUAUGAGGUUGUGGGAACGGCGGAUGAAGAUGCUGAUUGAUUUGGGCGAGGUUUUGAUCACAGCGAGGGACGUCAAGAGUUAUUGGGAGAAGACGAUCGAGCAGCUCAAGGCGGUUGACCCUCAGUACGACAUUCCGCUGGCGAUUCUCUACAGUGUUGACGAAGACCCCGAAGCUUCUUCUGUCCCCCCUUCUCCCAGCCUGGGACCUUCCAAAAUUUGCCGGUUGGAAGGGGCAUUGGGUGUGCCCGAGGAGCAUCCUAUUGCUCCGCACACGAUCAGUUUGCGCAUGAGUGAUGACGGACUUGCGGCGGCCUUCAGAGAAGCGCUCAAGGCACCCCACCCGCUCUUGUUACAGACGCAUGAUGAGAGUCUGCCAACACAUCUGCUGGAGGGUCUGCAGUGGAGGGGAUUCAACGACGACCCCUGCCGAGCGGCCGUCAUCUGUCCGAUCCGACCUACCAAGAAGGAGAAUGUCAUGGGCCUUCUCUUUCUGGGGCUGAAUCCCCGGCGCCCGUACGACAACGAUUACAGGCAGUACAUUUCGUUACUGAACCAGAAGCUCGCGACAUCUCUGGCAUCGAUUGUGUUGUUGGAGGAGGAAGCGAGACGGGGCCGCAACGCUGCUGAGCAAGCUGCGUAUGAUCAGGCUAUGCUCAAGGAGAAACUUGCGGUUCAGACCAAGGAAGCAAACGAGUCGAUUCAAAUGUUUGAAGCUGUGGCUGAGUUCGUGCCGGUGGGCAUGUGCUUUGGAGAUCCGGAGGGAAACAUCACUUUUGCCAAUGAUGCCUGGUAUAAGAUUACAGGGUAUCCUGGGACGGGUCCGGUGAAGAGCUCUGGGUUCUUGGCGUGCAUUGUGGAGGAGGACAGACAGAUGCUUGUGUCGCAGUAUGACAGGCUCAAGUCGGUGAACAACGUCGAGUUUGAGUUUAGGGUGAAGCAGCAGGCCAAUUUGGAGGCGCCGCUGACGAGGACGUCGCCGAGUUUUGAGAAGGCGGGGCUGGAUCUGUCGUCGGUGGAGGAUUUGAAGGAGAGGCAUGUUCUUGCUGCCGCGAGGGCGGAGAGGGCGGUGGAUGGGAGCAUUCUGAGGGUAUUGACCUGCCUUACGGACGUUACUGCGCACAAGAGGGCUGCUGAGGAGGCGGUCAGACGGGCUCAGCAGGCGGAGAACUUGAAGAGGAUGGCCGAGUUUGCAACGGUUGGGCUUUAUGACAUGGAUCUGGAGGGGAAGCUACUAGGGGCCAAUAAUGUCUUCUUUGAGAUGUGCGGGCUCGAGAAGGUUGACCCGUCUGAGGUCGAGCUUCGGCCCUGGAAGGAUUGUGUGUGUGAGGAGGAUCACCUGCAGAUUACCGAGAAGAUUGAGACGAUGGUGAGGCAGGACAAGGUGCAGAAUGUGGAGGUUCGCUUGAAGACGGCGUGGACGGCCGACGACGGGGCUGGCCACAAGGUCAUUGUGCCGAACCGUUGGGUGCAGGCUACUUUGAUGCCGGUGCGGACGACAGAGGGGCAGAUCCAAAGCUUCACGGGCUGUCUGAGCGAUGUUUCAUUGCAGAAGUGGCAGCUUGACAUGGAGAAGAAGAGAAAGGAGGAGGCGAUUGAGUCGAAGCGACAGCAGGAAAACUUUAUCGAUAUGACUUCACACGAGAUGCGGAAUCCGCUAAGCGCGAUCGUCCACUGCGCAGAUGCCAUCAUCGCCACGCUUGCGAGGGUCCAGGAACUGGUCAGCAACCCACCUUGCGGCUCUGCAGCCUGUGCGGCACUUCCGAGACCCGAGUCUCGCGAUGGGCUGUCGCUGAACACAGACAUUAGUGAGGACUGCAGCACAGAUGUGAUUGGCCUCAUCGAGAGCAGUAUCGAUAGUGCCGAGACCAUUGUCGGAUGUGCCCAGCAUCAAAAGAGGAUUGUGGACGAUAUUCUUACCAUGUCGAAGCUCGACUCGAAAUUGCUUGCCAUCACGCCCAUCACGGUCAACCCGAUUCUCAUGGUUCAAGAAGCGCUCAAAAUGUUUGAGAUUGAGGCUCGCAGGGUGGAUAUCAAUCUGAGCAUGGUGGUCGACCAGUCUUACCGCGAUCUCGGGAUCAAGUAUCUGGACUUUGAUCCGUCAAGGCUGAAGCAGGUUCUCAUCAAUCUUCUUACCAAUGCUCUCAAGUUCACUAAGACAGGACCGACGAGAAAUGUGUCGGUGGCCAUCAGCGCCAGUCUUACCCGACCGACGGAGGCGGCGAGCUCUAGUAAGGUUCAGUUUAUCCCUCGGUCGGAGGAGGACUACUUUGGACAUGACCCGUCCAAUCCUGCUCCCCGCACCCGCGGGAAACCAGUGUUUGUCAUGUUCGAGGUCAAGGACACGGGACAAGGUCUUACCGAUGAGGAGAAGAAGAGCCUCUUCAAGCGCUUUGUCCAAGCCUCCAGUCGCACCCACGUCAAGUACGGCGGGUCAGGUUUGGGGCUGUUUAUCAGCCGCCGGCUGACGGAGCUUCAAAACGGGGCGAUAGGUGUUGCCAGCCAGCCGGGGGUGGGCAGCACGUUUGUCUUUUACAUCGAGGCUUCCAUCCCCAGCGAGGAAGCGAGACAAGAAGCCGAGGCGGCGGCGCUGGCGGCAAGCAAGAUGUCUGCUCUUAAGCUGAGUGGGAAGGUGAACGGCAUCGGCAACUCGGCCAGUAGACGGGCGGCGAAUGGGGGCUCGCCGAGUGAAUCGACGGUCAUCACUCCGGGGGGAAGUGGUUCGAGGCCUAGUCCGAUUACCCCAUCUUCGGGGAGUGAGGUCAGCACCCCGCCGUUGUUUCCGUCAGGGUUGUCGACUACUUUUAUUCCGUCAACCAACAGCCUGUCUACCCCUCCGCCAACGAUCAGCGGGAUUCUGGUCGUGGAGGAUAACCUGAUCAAUCAGCUUAUUACUCGUCGAGGGUUGGUGAACAUGGGUUUCAAUGUCGAUGUGGCCAAUCACGGGGUGGAGUGCCUGGACAAGUUGAGGAAGACGGAUCGGUUUGUUUUUUCGGGCAGUGAUGAGGGGGAGAGCAGCAGCAGAGAGAAGAAGUUUUCCCUGUCGGUCAUCCUGAUGGACAUCGAGAUGCCUGUGCAGGAUGGCCUGACGUGCACGAGGCAUAUUCGGGAGCUGGAACGGAAGGGGAUGAUCAAGGGGGGGAGGAUACCGAUCAUUGCUGUGAGUGCGAAUGCGCGGAUGGAGCAGAUUUUGGAGGCGAAGGAGGCGGGGUGUGAUGAUGUUUUGGUGAAGCCGUACAGGAUGCCCGAGUUGUUGGAGAAGAUGAGGGUUGUUGUUGCGCAGGUGAAUGGGAAUGGGGUGGAGAAGAAGGAGAAUGGGGAGGAGGUUACAUGA